AUGGACUCGGUAGUAGUGUCUACGAAAUCACAUGUAUUACAAUGGGAUGCCGAUGCUGUUGUUGCUUGGCUUCAUGAAUCAAAUUUUGGUGCAUUUGAAAAAGUUUUUCGAGAUAAUGAAAUCGAUGGUCCAACCCUUCUUAAACUUAGUGAAUCAAUGGUUGUUCGUCUUUUUCCAACUAUAAAACUUGAAGUACAAUUUCUUGAUUUAUUACAAUCACUUAAACAACGAAAUAUUAGUGAUAAUAAUUCAAAAAAAACAUUAGCUUCAUCAUCUAAUAUAACAAAUGGUCAUAAUGGAAAUCGACAUUCAGCAGCACAUCAAAUUGCUGCUCAUGUUAUUGCAUCAACAUCAUUUGAUAAUGGUAUAGAUCAUUCAUCGAAUUCUAAUUCACCAAUACCAUCAGCUACAAAUGGUCAUCAUCAUCCUCGUGUAUCUUAUUCAGAACGUUCACAAAUUCCACAACGUCUUACACCAAAAGGAGGUC